AAAUACGUCACCUAGUCCAAGUGUCUAACCUCAAAAUUUUGUUUUUUAUUAUUUUCACCCAAAAUUUUAACAUCGCGAAUUUUAAUCCAAACAACUAAAAAAUGGUCUCGAUAAUUAAUUCGGUGGACACGGGCCACGAGGACAUGAUCCAUGACGCGGAAGUCGACUAUUACGGAUUGCGUUUGGCCACUUGCUCGUCGGACAACAGCGUCAAAGUGUACGACAUCAAAAACGGGGCCUCCACCCUUAUCGAUGACCUAAAGGGGCAUUUCGGGCCCGUGUGGCAGAUCGCCUGGAGCCACCCCAAGUUUGGCAACCUGUUGGCCUCCUGUUCGUACGAUAAACGGGUGAUCAUUUGGAAGGAAACGAAUAGGAAAUGGGCAAAGUACUAUGAGUACUCGAACCAUGAUUCAAGCGUUAAUUCUGUCCAGUUUGCCCCGUCAGAGUUUGGACUGAUAUUGGCUUGUGGAAGCAGCGAUGGUUCAAUUUCCAUUUUAACUUAUACCCCGGAAACAAACAGCUGGGAUGCUAAGAAGAUACAAAACGCGCAUGCCAUUGGGUGCAACUCAGUCAGUUGGGCCCCGGCGACCACUCCAUUGUUUAAUGGUAAUGAAAAUGAGCAAGCCGGGCAGCCCUUGACAAAAAGGCUUGUUUCGGGGGGAUGUGAUAACUUAGUGAAAAUCUGGAGGCAAGAGGGUGACCAAUGGCUAGAAGAAACCAAGUUAGAGGUUCACUCUGAUUGGGUGAGAGAUGUAUCAUGGGCCCCAUCGGUGGGUAUCCAUAGACACACAAUAGCUUCAUGCUCUCAGGAUCGCAGGGUAGUUAUAUGGACCUCGGACGAUUGUCUCACUUGGAAUUCCACAAUUUUGCAUUUGUUUGACGAUGUGGUUUGGAAUGUCAGCUGGUCUUUGAACGGGAACAUUCUGGCCGUGUCUGGGGGGGAUAAUAAAAUCUCUUUGUGGUCUCAGAACCCCGAGGGCACCUGGCAGUGUAUCAGCGAUGUGUCUAAGGGGCAGGGGCAUAUUAAUAAUUGAUUUUUAUAAAUACUACUUGGUGUUAACACUUUUCUUUUGUUUAUUUUUAGUGUAUUAAGUAUUGUAAUUAGUAAAUAUAUUUUAUAACUAAUUAA